CACAGACCCACCCAUGGAUGAAAGAUGCAUCAAUCCAUCCAUCGCCAUGCAGAACAAACGUCUGGUCUGUACUGUCAAUCAGGUCUCUGCUGGAUUAGCGAGACACUCAGGGACCGGGUAGCAAUAGAGCCUUAACAACUCAAGUGGUUCGGACAGCAUCGCCCGCCGCACUCGCAGCACAGUUGACGCCGCGGGUGUGCCCUCCACCUCGCUGCGCGUGUACACAUGAUCACCACGACUCCCCCACGUACCCCCACCUGCAAUGAAUGCAAACACAGAGACAGACAGAAACAUUCUCAUCAGCCAUGCCUUGCCCUGUCGACUUAGUUACCUGCUGUCUCGGGCCACUGUGGGUUGGUGACCGGGCAGAUAAGCGGCCCCCCAGCCCACGCCCAUGGUGGCGGAAGCGGCAGCAGGUCCCACAGCGCCGAGAGCUUGUCUGCAGCUGAUGCCUGUGGCUCUGAUGGUUGCUGCGGGAGGUUGUGCGGCACGUAGAGGAAAAAGUGGGUGCUGAAGAUGGCCGUGAAGCCCCCCUCUAAGCUGACGCUCGCCUCAGACAGAAUCUGCUCACACACAACAUACCAAACAGCCCAUUUGGUGUCCGUCUGCGGCCCCUGCUUGUGUGGUGGCUGCGGUGUCUCACUCUGCGUGUGUAUUCGAAUGCCUCCAUGAGCUUGCCGCCGGUGAGUCCGCCCUUGUCAGCAGACACAGACACACGGACUACUGCAUGCUCAUACCCCAACAAUGGAACAUGGGCUGCAUGAAAACACACACACACAGACACGCACCCGAACCAAGAGCAGAUGACCCAAUCCUCAAGCGAGACACAAGCAGAGAGGGGAUGCUCACUGACUCUUUCUCUCUGAGGGUCUCCUUCUCUCUGACAUGACGUCCUCGAGCAACAUCUGUAGGGGGAAGGUUGGAGCGCCCAAGCGCAGCUGAGGCUCGCCGGGGGGCAGUGGGAGCGGGACGAUCUGAUAACAGACAGGUCGGAGACCGUUAGACAAAGACUGGUGCGCGUGGAGUCAAUGCACUUGCCUGCAUAUGUGUGUCGAUGGGGGGGCGGUGGUCCCUUUGGCUCUCACCGAACGGCACUUGUUGGAUCAUGCCCAGGCCCCCGAUGCUCUUCAACACGUCUGCGACAGCGUCCCUGAAGGCCACACGGCGUGUCUCAUCACCCAAUUGUGCGGUCUUGUUCUGUUUGCGUACCAGUCGGCUGCAGAGAUCUCAGCGCCUCCCCUCCUCAGCACACGAUGGACAGGCACUGGGGGCGGCCUGGUCUGCGGUGUCUCCAACACGCUGUCGAUGGCAUCACAGACGCAAGCAAACACGUCGCUCGGGGAGCCGGUGCCGUCCACCGGGUGGUAGAGGCUCGCGAACUCUUCCCUCACGGCCUUGUUGUGCGUGUGGAAGGCCUGAAAUGCACAAACAGGAACAGGGCGUGGCUUACCCUUUUGUCUCUCGGCCUGACCUCGAGCCUGACACGGCACUUCUCUUCUGUGUCGUCGGAUCGCUGUGUAAGGCGUGCUCUGAGGUCGGCGUCAUCAGGGGGCGGGCUGAAGUCCAGGUGAUAGAUCUUGCCUGCAGGUCCGAGACAAAGGAAAUGUCACAAAAGACCAUGACUGGCCACAUUCCAGGUACCUACCUGUCUCAGGGUCGAGCCUUCUCCCAACGACUCUUUUGACAAUGUCAUCAUCGGGCACCUCCAGCCCCACCACACAGUCAGGGAUGAUGCCGUACUCACGCAACUUCUCGCCCUGCGCCUGCAUGGACGAGGCAGCCUGCAUGGUGAUUUUCGUGUCGUAUCUCUUGCUUACAGCUGUCCUAGGGAAGCCGUCAAGCAGCCACCCCCUCUCGCGACACUCAGGAGACAUUAAUCGAUGCUUCACCAAAUCUGAUAAUCAUAUGACCAAAGAAGGAAGUCGCAACGCCUGGCUGGCGCGGAAAUGACAUUUCGGAUACCGAUGAUGAGGUCAUCAGGGACGAGCAUCCCGCCGUCCAUGAACUCCUUGGCCUUGAGCCCCACCUCAGUCCCAUCCUUCACCGCCGCCCGCAGCAGGUCGCCGGUCGAUAAGUGGACCACGCCGUACCGCUCGACCAACCUCUCGCACUGUGUCCCUUUGCCCGAUGCAGGAGCGCCACUGAUGAUCAGUUUCGGCCGAUCGGUGAACAGCCGGCAUAUCUCAUCGGCCUCAUCGGGUGUCUCGUCUGUGAAGCCAUAUUUGAUCGACUCUGCAGGGACGAUUGCAGAAUGGCCCCAGCGGAGAGGUUGCGGAUGGCUGACGAGCAUGUGGGUGGCACCGGACUCUUCUUCUGUCACCGCCUUGCCGCUGGCGGCACAGAUGAAGUGGCGUGCGUCCACCAGCUGGAAGGAAGAUGGGCGCGUCUUCUCGGCCGCAUACUGCUCCGCCAGCAGACGAGAAGUCCACACGGCAAAAGACAUCUUGGCCAUGAUGCAGGUCUUCUUGUCAUAGUCUGAAAUCGGCUGCAUCAGCAAUGGGGCUGUAUCAGCAAUGAAUGGUCGCAUGGGGAAAUCGGGCGUGGGUGCGAUGCAGGGGCGGUGUGCAGGAUGGACGAGAGCCGAGUUCUCCGCCAGCCUCGCCCUGAUUUUCUCCUUCAGGUUUGGCCCCUGCACCUCCAGCCUUUUUGCCUUGUCCACUAGGGUGUUCCUCUCACCCGCCACUGCGCCGCUCUCCUUCUCCACCUCUUUCUUGUACAGCUGCAGCCGCCCCCCGUACGCCACGCCAUAGUCGUCCUUCAAAUGCGCGAGGAACUCGUCCUUUCCGCCGAUGAGAUGACCCUCAGCCGUCAAGAUGACCGGCCCCCUGCUGUCCCGGUACUCUGGAAGGUCGAAUUUCUCCACGAUGCGCUGGAUGUAUUGCGGCCAGUCGGCAGCAUGCUUCAAAUCGACGUGGAAGUGCAGGUUGGGCAGGACGUGACCGGCCCUCUCGGCGAAGAGCUCACAUAUGGCCGCCUCGCGGCUGUUGGCCUGGCUGGCGAUGACGUACGACGGCAUGAGAGGUGAGAUUCCGGUUGGCUCACGUGUUCUCGCCUUCGUUGCUCGGGUAUCUUCUCUCGCUUUUGCC